UCCAGCUGCACUGUACUCAUUUCUCUCCAGCCAGAAAAGCGUCUGACGCUACCAAAGCAAACAUGACGACCACUAUGAACCGAAGCUUUGCGUCUUCAUCUGGAUCUAUGAGAGGUCCCACUGCGAGCCUCUCAUCUGUUUCCAUGACUGGUGGCGGUCGAAUUAGUAAAAUGCGUGCCCCCAGUGUGCACGCUGGUGCUGGUGGUAAAGGCAUCCGCAUUUCAAGUGCCACUAAUUACUUCUCUGCUGGAGGUGGUGGAGGUGGUGGUUAUGGUGCCGGUUUUGGUGCUGGGUUUGGUUCUGGUGCUGGGUUUGGUUCUGGCGGCGGGUUUGGUUCUGGCGGUGGACUUGGGUCUGGCGGCGGAUUUGGUUUUGGUGGUGGGUUCGGUGCUGGUGGUGGCGGAGGGGGCGGAUUUGGCAUGGGGGACGCAAAUGUCGCUGCCAAUGAGAAAGCCACCAUGCAGAACCUUAAUGACCGGCUGGCGUCCUACCUGGACAAGGUACGGUCACUGGAGAAGGCUAAUGCUGACCUGGAGCUGAAAAUUCGCCAAUUCCUGGACAAAAAGACCUCCCCAAAAGCUCGAGACACCAGUGCCUACGAAGCCACUAUCCGUGAUUUGCAAGACAAAAUCCUGGAUGCUACUCGUGUCAAUGGUGGGAUCUAUCUCAGUAUUGACAAUGCCAAGCUGGCUGCCGAUGACUUCAGAGUGAAGUAUGAGAAUGAGCUGGGUAUGCGACAGUCUGUGGAAGGAGAUAUUGCUGGACUAAGGAGAGCUCUAGAUGAGCUGACCUUGGCCAGAUCUGACUUGGAAAUGCAGAUUGAGGGUCUGAAGGACGAGCUUAUCUAUCUUAAGAAGAACCAUGAAGAGGAGCUUCAAGCCUUGAGAACACAGAUGACUGGCCAGGUUCAUGUUGAAGUUGACGCGGCACCACAGGAGGAUCUUAGCAGGGUGAUGGCUGAAAUCCGUGAGCAGUAUGAGGCUUUGGCCGGUAAAAACCAGAGAGAACUGGAAAACUGGUUCCAGACUAAGACAGAAACAUUGAAUAAAGAAACUGCAGUCAGCACACAGAAUCUGGAAACAUCAAAAAGUGAAAUCACCGAAAUCAGGCGUACUCUGCAAGGUCUCGAGAUUGAGUUGCAGUCCCAGCUCAGUAUGAAAGCCUCUCUGGAAGGUACACUUGCGGACACGGAGGCUCGCUACUCCAUGCAGUUGGCUAGCCUUCAGAUGCAAGUGAGUGGCUUGGAAGAGCAGAUCAUGCAACUCCGUGCUGAUAUGGACCGUCAAGGACAGGAGUAUAAGACGCUCUUAGACAUCAAAACUCGCCUGGAAAUGGAGAUUGCUGAGUACAGGAGGCUGCUGGAUGGAGAGAUUAGCAGCAGUGGCCCCACAGUAACUACAUCCAAGAAACGUGAGGUGAUAACCAUUAUGGAGGAAGUCGUGGACGGCAAGGUGGUUUCUUCAUCUUCCAGCAGUGUCACCGGGUCGGUGUGAAUUAUCUCGACGACAUCCAUCGCCCCGUUGCCCUUCACACCACUUACCCUGUGCAGGGAUGCAUAUGAAAAAAAAAACAAUCUGAACAGAAAUUAUGAAACAAAUACUGUCAUCCAUAUUUGAUUAAAUAAAAGUGAAAUGGUGUUGAAA